CCAAGAAAGCUCAGGGUUUUCCAAGAUGCCCUCUGGGUCUACUAGUUUAGGUGAUUGCUUGUCAGGUCUUGCUCUGAAAGUGCGCCUACUAUUAUCGGGCUUUUGGCUCAAAUGCACGAAAACACAUGUCAGCUGAAUCAGCCUUUAUAAACAUUUACAAUUUUUUCUAUUAAAAUUAAUUUCCUAUUCACGUUUUCUCCAGCCAUCCCCGCAAACACUGGAUCAGACCUGGCUGGAUUUAACAAUCAACGAGGACCAUUGUUUCUGCCUAGAGUUGAUCAACGACUAUAGGUCAAGAUGGGCCAGUUUCGCCCCCCAACUACGUCAGAACCACAUUAGAUUGUUUAAUUAGAGGAUUUACCGAAGUUAAACAGAGUCGUGCAUAAGGUUCUCAGGACCAAUUGAGAGUCAGCUUAUGCCUUGUCUGACAGUUCGUUGGCCGAAUAUCCAUUUCGAAGCUUGCAAAAAGUCCUUUAAAAUUAUUGACGUUUUUCAUUCUGCAACAACGACGCGUCUCGUAAAGCUUAGCUAGUUUCUAGCACUAGGUGUGUGGAGAGUAAUUAUAAGACAGAUGGCGUUUCGCAGACGCUCGCUCGGUAAUACUCCGUUGAGACGCGGUAGUGAUCGGCCACUUUCCAUCAAAUACCGAACUGAAGAUGACUCUGGCAAUCAGAGCUUCCUGUAUGACUCAGCCACUGGAACCGGUAGAUAUGUUCACGUCAAGACCCUUCGAGGUGGACGUACAGAACUGGGCACGGAACGAGGCGAUCGUUCGGAUCUAAAUAAAACUUCUAGAGGCGGAAAGAGUAAUGGGACUUCCGAUCCGAAAAAGGACACGCGUAUCGAGCAGAGCAAAUCAGUUGGCGAGCCUCCUAAAGCGUCUGUAGAGAAAAAUGAUAAAACUGAGUUCAAAGGCAAGUCAACAGGGGAUGCAGAAGUCGAACUGGGUAAAAGACGAGUUGAGUCUCAACCGUUACCUGGAUCGCCUCGUAAAAGCCCUACGAUACCGAUCAGUGUUUCCGAGCUGCGCGCCAGGCUCGACCGUAUAGCGAAUUUGCGCAAAAAAGCCAUGGAUGAAGGGCUGGCGUUACAGGAACAAAAACAGAGACUUCAAAAAUUAAUGACCGAAAGACAAAUUGCUGAGUAUCAUGUCUACUUGGCGCUUGCAUUGUCAGGAGAGCAAAUCCCAGCGCCUGCCACAAGAUGUCACGAGGCUUGCAAGAAACCCGUACUUACUGGUCAAACCAUACGUGAAGUAGAACGAGGGGUCAUAAUUCUAUCGUACUGGGUCAGAGUGUCGCAUGCAGUUUUCAUCCUGACUAUUCUUUCCAUAAUUUUUCAUGAUUACGUUUGAUGAAGACGUACACCGAAAUCGGGUCGGCAUCAAUAAUACUUAACUACGAACGCAGUUGUUGAGCUUGAAACUCUAGCAGCAGAUCGCCGCCAUAGAACGCACAGGUGUUAAGCGCUCUAAAAAAUGAAUUAUACAUCGCAAGAGCAGUUACUAAGUAAUUGAUACGUAAAUUUACCAGUUACGGUAGUCAGUCGGAUAACGUAAGCUCGCAUAGAAUACCGAGAAACAUUUGCGGGAAAACAAACCUAUCAAACAUCAAAUAAAAAGCUAUGAAUUCACUAAUGACCCGCUUUCACACUUAAGAUAGUAACAAGUGCGGUAGGGUAGUCUUUAUUUUUAUAAAGUUUCCGAAUCAAUAUGCUUUAAUAAGCGUUUUGAGAAAAAAAAAACAAAAACAAAAGCUUCAUUGCAGCGAUAUUGAUAACUAUGAAUAAAUCUGUUCCACGACAAAGGGUACCUAAUCAGACUAUUUUUGUGGUCCCUAUUUUUCGGAAAACAGCACCAGAGACUUCAGUUAGAGGCUUAUACUGAGGUCAAACUCUCAAAAAUAAGACAUUCAAGUUUAUUGACCCGUAGUCACUUUUUUAUCAGCUUUUUCAAUGUUUCGAAUAAUUAUUAUUGCCAUAUUGCCCAAUGACAACAACAAAUAGCACUAGACGGAACUGAAUCUUUCUAAUAAUGUAGAAACAUUCUUUGAAAGAGUCAGUUUUUGUUGUACGAUUAUUAGAAAAAUAUAUGCAUCUAUCCCGUGCAUGUAAGCUUACUCGCCUGUUUGAAAGAAUAGGGAACGCUGUCAAGGAGUUUUGCGGGAAGAAACGCAGUGAGACCUUUGAGGAUAAUAAUGAAAACAAAUGUACAAAUCUAUGCGUCAUGAGUUGAAUUGGAAAGCGCGGCCAAACCGGACACGCGACUGGGAGCACUCGAAUCCGAUGGAAAACGCGCUGCGGAUUGACCAGUGCAAAAUAUCUGCACGCGAGAUAAUAUAAGCGAAAAGCCGGGACAAAACAAAUGCUUCCAAGGGCACGAACUGUACAGGUCGUAGACAAGACAACCGUCAAACACCUGUGGAUUGCGCUGUCGCCGUCUUUCAACAGUCGAAGCCCGGAAGGCAAGAAGAGGGCAAACUGAAGGCCGACGGCUCUGGCUAAUUUCACCUCUAAGAACCUACAAAACAAAAAAAAAAGAAACCUAUAUUAGGUAGAAACUGUUGCAAGAGGUGUUACAGCCAUCUCGAUGUCGCCACCGGCCGUAAACACAGGACUAAGUAAGGUCGUACGAGUUUCUGGGAAAGGACGGUUAUAGCGCGGAGGCGCCUAUCGGAAACAAGCCCCUGACGGAAAUGCACGCAUAUUAGUUACAGUUAUAACUACCAAUGUUAAGCUCACAGAUAUAUGGGAAAUCGUAUUAGUGGUGUGUCAACAUAUUUUACUACUUUACCUACGACAGUAGACGAUGAACCAGUACUGACAUGUUCAAAGGGAGACGGAAUCUCCGUAGACAUGUUGCCGUGAUGUUGUUCGCACUGAAACUGGGGGCAUAAAAUGUAGGCA